GGGCGGGGCUGGCUGAGUGACGGGUAGCUGCAGCCUAUGAGAGAGUGGGCGGGGCUGGUGGCUGAUCCCUUGCUCUAGACGGUGACCCGGAAACAUCGCCCCGCCCCUUCCUGUACACAGAGCUCCGCCCCCGGUCUCCUCCAGGGUUGCACAGUAGUGAAGAAGACAUCUGGUGAGUGUGAGACACCCAGCAGUUAUCCCUGUGUAUCUGGAGGACUGAGUAGAACCCAGAGCCCCAUCACGGUGCCUCCACCUCACUCACUGAUACACGAGGGGCACAGUGACCAGAAGAUCCUGGAACUCACCAACAAGAUCAUUCAGCUGCUGACUGGAGAGGAGGGGGAGUAUAUAGAGGAACACAGGGGUCUGUACAAGGACGUGAUGAUGGAGAAUCACCGGCCCCUCACAUCACUGGAUGGACCCAGUAACAGAGAUACCCCAGAGAGAUGUCCCCGUCCUCUGUAUUCCCAGGAUUGUACAGAGGAGAAUCACAGGACCCCACAGGAGGAUCAGGUAGAACGUCUGUCUGAUAUUAAAACAGAAUAUAUGGAGGGAGAAGAAGAGACGUAUGUGACUGAUAUAAAGGUAGAAGAUACCGAUAAAGAAGAAGAUAUGUAUGUAACUGUUAUAAAAUCAGAAGAUACAGAGGAAGAAGAAGAGACGUAUGUGACUGAUAUGAAGGCAGAAGAUAUACAGGGAGAAGAAGAGACGUAUGUGAGGGGUGAUCAGCAGUGUAAGGAGGAGGAGAUCCCUACAGAUAUCAGCACAGCAGAUGGACACACAAGCAGGAAUAUCUCAGAAGGACAUCUAAUGUUAUCCCCGGAUUGUGACAUAAAAGAUAAUGACAGUAGACAGGAUUCUCCAGGAGAUCACCCUAUUACCCCAAUUAUACAUCCAGUUGUAUCAGCUGUUGCCUCUGAUCCUGGGAAAUGUUCUCCUGAUCACUCUGAUAUUGGUGCAUCUGUUACAGCUCUGAGAGUAAAUACAGAGUUUCCCUGGUCUAUAGAUGCCAAAUGUUUUACACAGAACACAAAGCUUAUUACCCAUCAUCCAGCUAAGGCAGGUGAAAGGCCACUGAUAUGUUCUGAGUGUGGGAAAUGUUUUACAUACAAAUCGGCUCUUGUUACAUAUCAAAGAAGACACACAGGUGAGAGGCCACUGAUAUGUUCUGAGUGUGGGAAAUGCUCUACACAGAAAUCAGGUCAUAUUACACAUCAGAGAAGUCACACAGGUGUGAAGCCAUUUUCAUGUUCUGAGUGUGGGAAAUGUUUUGCACUCAAAUCAGAUCUUAUUAAACAUGAGAGAACUCACACAGGUGAGAAGCCAUUUUCUUGCUCUGAGUGUGGGAAAUGUUUUUCACAGAAAUCAGAUCUUUUUAGACAUGAGAAAAUACAUACAGGGGAGAGGCCAUUUUCAUGUUCUGAGUGUGGGAAAUGUUUUACAUGCAAAUCACGUCUUGUUACACAUAAGAGAAUACAUACAGGUGAGAAACCAUUUUCCUGUUCUCAGUGUGGGAAGUGUUUUACAUACAAAACAACUCUUGAUACACAUAAAAAAAGUCACACAGGUACAUUACCAUUUCGAUGUUCUGAGUGUGGGAAAUGUUUUGCACAGAAAUCAUAUCUUGUUAGACAUCAGAGAAGGCACAAAGGUGAGAGGCCUUUUCCAUGUUCUGAGUGUGGUAAAUGUUUUGCACAGAAAUCAUAUCUUGUUAAACAUCAGCAAAGUCACACAGGUGAGAAUCCAUUUUCUUGCUCUGAGUGUGGGAAAUGCUUUAUCUGGAAAUCAGAUCUUGUUAAACAUCAGCGAAGUCACACAGGUGAGAAGCCAUUUACAUGUUCUGAGUGUGGGAAAUGUUUUGCACACAAAUCAGAACUUGUUAUACAUAAGAGAAGUCACACAGGUGAGAAUCUAUUUUCUUGCUCUGAGUGUGGGAAAUGUUUUACCCAAAAAUCACAUCUUGUUACACAUCAGAGAAGUCACACAGGUGAGAAGCCAUUUCCAUGUUCUGAGUGUGGGAAAUGUUUUGCACACAAAUCAGCUCUUGUUACACAUCAGAGAAGUCACACAGGUGAGAAGCCAUUUUCUUGCUCUGAGUGCGGGAAAUGUUUUACCCGGAAAUCACAACUUGUUACACAUCAGCGAAGUCAUGCAGGUGAGAAUCCAUUUCCAUGUUCUGAGUGCGGGAAAUGUUUUGGAUGCAAAUCAUAUCUUGUUAUACAUAAGAGAAGUCACACAGGUGAGAGGCCAUUUCCAUGUUCUGAGUGUGGGAAAGGUUUUGCACGGAAAUCAGAACUUGUUAUACAUAAGAGAAGUCACACAGGUGAAAAUCUAUUUUCUUGCACUGAGUGUGGUAAAUGUUGUGUAAGUAAAUCACAUCUUGUUAUACAUCAAAGAAGUCACACAGGUGAGAAGCCAUUUUCUUGCUCUGAGUGUGCAAAAUGUUUUGCACGGAAAUCAGAUCUUACUACACAUCAGAGAACUCACACAGGUGAGAAGCCAUUUCCAUGUUCUGAGUGUGGGAAAUGUUUUGCACUCAAAUCAGAUCUUAUUAAACAUGAGAGAAGUCACACAGGUGAGAAGCCAUGUUCUUGCUUUGAGUGUGGGAAAUGUUUUUAUCAGAAAUCACAUCUGGUUAGACAUCAGCGAAGUCACACAGGUGAGAAACCAUUUCUAUGUUCUGAGUGUGGGAAAUGUUUUGCACACAAAUCAGUUCUUAUAAAACAUGAGAGAAGUCACACAAGUGAGAAGCCAUUUCCAUGUUCUGAACGUGGGAAAUGUUUUCCAUACAAAUCAUCUCGUUAUACAUGAGAAGUCACACUCUCAUGUCUUGCUCUGAGUGUGGGAAAUGUAUUACACACAAAUCACAUCUUGUUACACAUCAGCGAAGUCACAUAGGUUAGAAGCCAUUUCCAUGUUCUUAGUGUGGGGAAAUGUUUUACACAGAAAUCACAACAUGUUACACAUCAGAGAAGUUACACACGUCAGAGGCCAUUUCCAUACUCUGAGAAAUAAAUCAUCUCUUGUUGCACACAAUAGACCACUCAUAUGAGGAACCAUUUUAAUCUUCUGAAGUAUACUUAUCAUUGCCAUGCGUUCUUCAAGGUUCUUAUCCUAUCUCCUAUGCUUUUUGCAAUAUACAUGCUACUGCAGGGUGAAACAGACUAAAAAGGAAUUUUCAGGCGCUAAUAUGAAUAUAGAAAAAUUACUAUAUAUCUAGAUUAUUGUAGUAGCAGGAAUUAGCCCAGUCGUGUUUGUGUGAACACUUAUUUUAAACGUAGCCGCUUAAAGGUCUAAUUCAACGGAUCUCUAGCUUCCCAUGUAUGCAAAAGAAAUGAAUGGGGCUAUUGCGCUGAUUUACAUUACUGUUACCAAGCAAUACAUUUUAUCUGGAUCAAGAUGCAACACUUUAAGGUGAAAAAUCAAUGUCUCGAUUUUUUUGUUUUCCACAUAAAAAAUUAUUUUAAACACAAUGGUCACACGUAAAUAUAAAAAGCAAAUAGAAUCACUUUUAGAAGCAUCCAAUAGAAAAGUGCGGUAUAUCUGAUGAAUUGCAUGUAUCCUGUCUUAAUGUGAUCACCUCCCGGCUCUCUCUCUCCUGAGCCGGAGGUGUUUGAGUAGCGGCUCUGUUCCUCUGCUAUAUGACGGGCCCGUCACUUAUUUAGUUUGCGGCAGCCAGUGUAGUCUCACCAUAGGCGGUGCUGCUGGAAUGCAGAGGUGAUGAUUCCCUUUUGGUGGUCCAUGUCUCAUGCUGGAGGGGUCACUUGCCUCUAAUAGUAUAGGUGCGGCUGCCUCCGGCCGUCCUCGGACUGAGCAGGAUGAUAGGAAUAAACCCCAGCCGGUUUCACACCUCGGUGCUUUCUCGGAGAGUCUUACACACAAUUCAUUAGAUAUACGGCACUUUUCCAUUGGAUGUUUCUACAUGUGAUUCUAUUUACUUGUUAUUAUAUAUACGUGUGACCAUUGUGUUUAAUAUUAUUUUUUAUGUGGAAAACAAAAAAUAAAAAAAUCAGUUAUUGAUUGUUCAUCUUAAAGUGUUGCAUUUUCAUUCAGCCAGAAUUUAUUGAUUGGUAACAGUAAUUUAAAUAAGCCCUAUAGCUGCAUCAAUUUCUUUUGAAAUAAUCAGAUGUCAUGCCCUCAUCUACCACUGCUAUGCAGAUGACCUGUCUCUUGUGCUGGAUACUGAGAACCCAGUACCAAUCCUAAAUGGUUGCUGAGCUCCAGGUGUUGGUGAUGCCAGUUGCUGGCAGUAGUGGAGAAGACAGUGUGGCUGGCAGUAUUGGUGGAGACAGAUUGGGUGGCAGUAGUGGGGGAGACAGGGUGGUGGCAGUA